UCGUUUCCUCUCAAAAUAAUCCUGAGAUGUGUGUGUACACGACAUAGACCAGUAUAUUUUUCAUUUUCAAAGUGGUCGUGAUAGUGGCGGCGGCGGCGUCCUUUAAGUCGGAGAGAUGCAAAUGUUAUCGAGGUACUUCCAUCCCUUUUCCCACCCAGUCAAAAGUCAUUUGAGAAAAUAGCUGCUGCGGGGGAGGGGAAGCGCUAGGACCCACUCCAAGGAAAAAAGGAACAGAAGAAAACAACGAGGAAAGACUGAAGGAAACACUUUUAGAGAUACGAACACAUGAAAGAAGAAACGAAUGAGACUUUUCAUUCUGAUUUAAGCAUUUUAAUGACUGGAGCAAAGAUCCAUGAAUUUGCGUUCAUGGCUCUCUUCGAUUGAACUUUUUAGAGAACUCAAUUGAUUGCGCAUAUCAGCGAUGUUUCGGUGAGCGACUAUAUCCCAUAGUCUUCUUCGUGGGCGCAUAUUAAUGAAAACACGGACUUUAUCGUUUGGGAAUAACUGUGAGCAACAUUUAGAACAAGUAGGCCUAUGUUAUCAAUCGAUAUGGAAAGAACGGAGGCAGCGGGGUGGAAAUUCCUACGGGACUCUCUCCUACUUUGUGUUUUUGCCGGUCACAGUGAGGCCCAGUGUGAUGGCUGUGUGGAGUACUGCUGUGAAGGCUCUCCCCCUUUCUGCUGCUCCUACUACGCCUAUAUGGGAGAUGUCCUCUCGGGCACGGCGAUCUCGGGCAUCGUGUUUGGUGUGGUGUUUCUGAUGGGAGCGCUGGCGGCCUUCUUCCUGUGUGUGUGCAUGUGUGUGAAGAAUGGGCGCGGGGCCCGGGUGGAUGUGUUCAACACCUCCUACAUCAACACUGUGUCCCAGGGCUACCCAGGACCCCCACCUCCCUACACCUAUGACUAUGAGAUGUACCCUUCGGCCAUGCGCCCCCCUCCCUACACCCCCACCCCACCCAGGAUAGACAGCUACUCACCUCCCCCUCCGUAUCCGAGCUGUAAUCGCAAAUGACUUGAAGACAAAAUGGAGAAUCCUGCCCAGGCUACUUGCCCUUCUGAAGGAGCACAUCUUGGAUUAAGUUUAUGCAGUGUUCUAGCAGAGAAAGAUGAGACUGUACGCAUAUCCUUUCGAACCUCUGGGUCACUUAAAAUGACUGCAUGUGGACUGGACCACUUUGACCUCUUCUUGUGGGUGUGAUUGGGUCAAUUGAACUGACUGGUGUUUCGGGGCGGGGAGGGUGAACCUCAAUCAAUUAAAAUGACUGUGUGGACUGAUCCACUUUUGACUAUUUGACCACCACCCCUACAUCAAUCUAACUGAUCAGCUUUUCAGGGAUGAAUAACACUUUAGUUGUAUUUGACUCAUGAUAAUGAAUGAGUGAGGGAACAAAGUACAUAACUUUAUUUGAAGAUGUGGAUCUCUGUUGUACCAUUUCUCUGGUAGAGAUGCCUGUUAGCUGGCUUUCCUUCAGGUCAGUGCUCUUCCCUAUCUUAUUUCUACAAGGCAAAGGAGAGAACUGUAGCCUCGUCCUAGAUAUGUUUGUGCUGUAUUGCCAAUUGCUUCAUGUGGAAAUUACCUGAGGACAUGGCGAGACAGCACAAACAAAUCUGGGACCAGGCUAGGAAAACUGUGUAAAAACAUGAAUUGUACUAUAGAAAUAGGAUGGUAAACAUGCAUGUCCGGGGUGAAGUUUCCUCUAGGUACAGAUAUACAGUCGUAUCAGCUUCCCCUCCCCCAAUCCUAACCUUAACUAUUAGUGGAGAUAGUACAAAACUGAUCUAAAAUCUAAAUCAAACUUUAUUUGUCACAUGCGCCGAAUACAACAGGUAUUAUACCUUACCAUGAAAUGCUUAUUUACAAGCCCUUAACCAACAAUGCAGUUCAAGAAAGAAAACAAUAUUUACCAAAUAAACUAAAGUAAAAAAAAAUAAAAGGUAACACAAUAAAAUAACAAUAACGAGGCUAUAUAUGGGGAGAACCGGUACUGACCUCCUCCUCUGACCUCCUAUAGGCAGUCUCAUAAUUGUUGGUAAUCUGGCCUACCACUGUUGUGUCAUCAGAAAACUUAAUGAUGGUGUUGUGUUUUGCUGGAUCUGUUGGGGUGGUAGGCAAAUUGGAGUGGUUCUAGGGUGUCUGGGAGGAUGCUGUUGAUGUGAGCCAUGACCAGCCUUCAAAGCACUUCAUGGCUACCGAUAUGAGCGCUACAGGUGGUAAUAAUUUAGGCAGGUUACCUUCACUUCCUUGCGCACAGGGACUAUGGCGGUCUGCUUGAAACAUGUAGGUAUUACAGACUCGGUCAGGGAGAGGUUGAAAACGUCAGUGAAGACACUUGACAGUUGGUCCGAGCAUGCUUUGAGUACACGUCCUGGUAAUCCGUCUGGCCCAACAUUCAGCUUUGUGAAUGUUGACCUGUUUAAAUGUCUUCCGGAACAGCUGGUGCUCUCAUGCAUGCUUCACUGUUGCUUGGCAUAAAAUGGAUUUAGCUUGUCUGGUAGGUUUGUGUUACUGGGCAGCUCAUGGCUAGGUUUCCCUUUGUAGUCCAUAGGUUUUCAAGCCCUGCCACAUCCGACGAGCGUCAGAGCCAGUGUAGUAGGAUUCAAUCUUAAUCCUGUAUUGACGCUUUGCCUGUUUGAUGAUUCGUCUGGGGGCAUAGUGCGAUUUCUUAGUGUCGGUUUGGUGUCCCACUAUUUGAAAGCGGCAGCUCUAGUGUUUAGCUCAAUGCGGAUCCUUGACUUCUGGUUGGGAUAUGUACACUACGGUUCAAAAGUUUUGAUCACUUAGAAAUGUUCUUGUUUAUGAAAGAAAAUUACAAAAAUUUGUCCAUUUACAAUAACAUCAAAUUGAUCAGAAAUACAGUGUAGACAUUGGUAAUGUUGUAAAUGACUAUUGUAACUGGAAACGGCAGAUUUUCGAAAUGGAAUAUCUACAUAGGCGUACAGAGGCCAUUAUCAGCAACCAUCACUCUUGUGUUCCAAUGGGAUGUUGUGUUAGCUGAUCCAAGUUUAUAAUUUUAAAAGGCUAAUUGAUCAUUAGAAAACCCUUUUGCAAUUAUGUUUGAACAGCUGAAAACUAUUGUUCUGAUUAAAGAAGCAAUAAAACUGGCCUGCUUUAGACUAGUUGAGUAUCUAGAGCAUCAGCAUUUGUGGGUUCAAUUACAGGCUCAAAAUGGCCAGAAACAAAGAACUUUCUUCUGAAACUCGUCACACUAUUCUUGUUCUGAGAAAUGAACGCUAUUCCAUGUGAGAAAUUGCCAAGAAACUGAAGAUCUCAUACAACCCUGCUUACUACACCCUUCACAGAACAGCGCAAACUGUCUCUAACCAGAAUAUAAAGAGCAGUGAGAGGCCCCGGUGCACAACUGAGCAAGAGGACAAGUACAUUAGUGUCUAGUUUGAGAAAGAGAUGCUUCACAAGUCCUCAAUUGGCAACUUCAUUAAAUAGUACCUGCAAAACACCAAUCUCAACGUCAGCAGUGAAGAGGCGACACCGGGAUGCUGGCCUUCUGAGUUGCAAAGAAAAAGACGUAUCUCAGACUGGCCAAUAAAAAGAGAAGAUUAAUAUGGGCAAAAGAACAGACACUGGACAGAGGAAGAUGGGGGAAAAAAGUGUUAUGGACAGACUAAUCUAAGUUUGAGGUGUUCAGACCACAAAGAAGAACAUUCAUGAGACGCAUAAAAAAAAGAAAAGAUGCUGCAGGAGUGCUUGACGCCAUCUGUAAAGCAUGGUGGAGGAAAUUUGAUGGUCUGGGGGUGCUUUGGUGGUGGUAAAGUGGGAGAUUUGUACAUGGUAAAAGGGAUCUUGAAGAAGGAAGCCUAUCACUCCAUUUUUGUCCAGUUCGAGGUGAGUAAUCGCCGUUCUGAUGUCCAGAAGUAUUUUCAGUCAUAAGAGAUGGUAGCAGCAACAUUAUCCACAAAAUAAGUUAGAAACAACGCGAAAAAACUAACAUUUAGUUAGGAGCCCGUAAAAUGGCAGCCACCCCCUCCGGCUCUAUUGUCCAGAUCAGCAUCUAGGGGCAACUUCACCCUACUCUGAUCAAGGCUAUCUAUGUGCACAGUGAAGACAGGUCUUGACCUGCUCUCGGAGGACUGGGGAAUGAUGGGUUAAUGAUGAAAUGAAUCCUGUGAUGGUGAUGUUUCUCAACAAUCUUUCAGUGUUUAUAUGUUGUCGCUAUGAACAUGUGCAGGAUUAAAGUUAAAUUAAAGUUUCCAAAUCA